AUGCUUGAGAUUGUGAUGAUUUCCGAGUGCGGCAACUUGUUGUUCAUGGUUUUUGGAGGAGCGGCUCCAACUCUCCAAGGAUGUCACGGUCAAAAUCACACUUUACUUCUUUCUCAAGAGGCCAUCUGUGAUCUCUACCAUAGUGGAUCGUGUCUACCCAUCGUCGAUCAUCAAUUCUACUCAGUCAAUGUUGAGUUCGAGCUUCUUUGCGGUGAUGCGGGCAAAGUCAAGGACAGCACAUCGUACCAGAUGGUUGGCUACUUGAUCGGGUCGCUCGUUUGGGGUCAAGUCUCUGAUGUCUUUGGAAGAAGAUGGCCAAUGUUGAUCACUUUGUUGAUCAAUGGUGUGAUCGGUGUCGGUUCGGCUUUCGCCCCGACUCUCUUCCUCUUUACCGUGCUUCGGACGCUUGUUUGCAUCGUUUUCACUGGGCAUUUAGUUAUCUCGAUGGUGUACUUCUGCGAGAUUUUCCCCUCAAAGCACCGUCUCUGGCUGGCUUUUGUGCUCAACUGGUCACCGAAUUUGAUCAUUGUUGCGGGAAUCGCUUGGUUGUGUGGUGAUUGGCGUUCGUUUUCGCUCGUCAUCAAUGCUUUGUGCUUUGUCGCUGCGGCUAUCAUGUGGUACUGCUCAGAAUCCCCUCAUUACCUCCUCCGUCGGGGUCGAGUCAACGACGCGAUGGAGGCUGUGAAAAGGAUUUAUCGGAUCGACCGAGCCGAAUUGGACGAGAAAGAACUCGAACGCGUUUUCGACAAAGAACGAGAGCAAUUGGCGUUGAUCCCGAAAGAGUCCUUCUCUUUCCCGCAUCUCUUCUGCACGUGGAAAUUAGCCGGUUACACUUGGGCCGUUUUCCUUAGCUACUUCUCCGCCUCACUCGUCAACUAUGCUCUUCUCUUCAAUAUGGAGACAAUGUCCGGAUCGGUCUAUGUCAACACAUUUUUCAUGGGACUUUUCCGUCUUUUGAUCAAUUUGUGCUCGGCUGGCGCCGAUUUGAGCUUCGAGUGGCUGGGAAGAAAGACGGCCCACAAGUUCUUCUGUCUCUACGCUGGCGGCACGCUGAUCAUCGCCCUCGUGGCUGAUCUGAUGGGAUUGAAUAACGCUUGGGAGUCGGUGAUUCGUUUCAUGCUUCUCUCAACCGCAUCGAUGGUCUGUCAAAUGUACGCCGUCGUGAGCGUCGUUUGUAAUGAGGUUUUCCCUACUCCGAUCCGAAAUGUCGCUUAUGCGAUGACACAACUCAGCGAGAGCUCGGCCACGAUUGUCGCACCGCAACUCUAUCAAUUGAGUGUUCUCGGCUCAUGGGUUCCACUCGUCGUGAUGAUCGUGCUGGUAUUUGGCGACUUUUUAUCUUUUCAUUUUGCUAUCCCGGAGUCGAAAGGAAAACCACUAGCUGAUCGAAUGCCCGAGGGAGAAGAAAGAGUUGGAGUGUUUAGAAAGAAGAGCAAAGUCUCUCCACCGGACUCAACGAUCACUUCUGGCUACUCAUCCCCGCAACACAAGCUCAGUUUUCAGCAAGCU